GCAGAUUCCAGUAACACACUAGCAGUCCCCCACCCCUUUUCACGCCUUCCAAUUUACUUCUCUCUCUCUCUCGCCCGACCCUCCGGGGAGGAUGUGAAAGGCGUUCUUGGUUUGUUAUUUUUGGGGGAAAAAAAAAAUCCGAUUGGUAGUUUUACACACACACACACACAUAUAUAUAUAUAUAUAUAUAUAUAUUUAGAGAGAGAGAGAGAGAGAGAGCGAGAGAGAGAGAGAGAGAGAGAGAGCCCCGGGGGGGGGGGGGUAAAGAGAGACAGCAAUGGAGAGUGGGAAUAGAGAAGGGAAUGAGAAAGGAAUGAUGAAGGCCAUGUCGCAUGUUGAUGGAGAUCAGAGCAGCAGUACAGUGGAUUGGAGAGGAAGACCUUCUAACCCCGCAAAGCAUGGUGGGAUGAGAGCUGCUGUCUUUGUUCUUGGGCUUCAAGGAUUUGAAAUAAUGGGAAUAGCAGCGGUGGGGAACAACCUAAUAACGUACGUGAUAAAUGAGAUGCACAUCCCACUCCCCACCGCCGCCAACAUAGUCACCAACUUUGUGGGCACAAUCUUCAUCCUCGCCCUCCUCGGCGGCUUCCUCUCUGACUCCUACCUCGGCUGUUUCUGGACCAUCCUCCUCUUUGGCUUCCUCGAACUCUCUGGGUUCAUACUACUUUCAGUGCAGGCGCAUGUCCCACGGCUAAAGCCACCGCCGUGCAACAUGGCGGCGCAUAACGGGGAGAUGUGCGAGGAGGCGAAGGGCGUGAAGGCAUUAAUCUUCUAUGUGGCGCUGUACUUGGUGGCGUUGGGCAGUGGGUGCGUCAAACCCAACAUGAUAGCUCAUGGGGCUGACCAGUUCGACCAACACAAUCCCAAGCAGUACAAGAUCCUCUCGACCUACUUCAACUUCGCCUACUUCGCCUUCUCUCUUGGGGAGCUCGUUGCCCUAACCCUACUGGUUUGGGUCCAGACUCAUUCGGGCAUGGACGUUGGCUUUGGCGUCUCAGCCGCUGCCAUGGCCAUGGGACUCAUCACUGUGGUUUCAGGCUUGCUUCUUUACAGGAACAAGCGCCCUGGAGGAACCAUCUUCACUCCUAUUGUUCAAGUCUUCGUAGCGGCGGUUUCAAAGAGAAAACUAGCGCACCCAUCUGAUCCACAAAUGCUUCAUGGGAGCCAAAUCGAUGGGCUGACCAACAGCACUUCCUUUUCUGAAGAUGCUGCCCAGCUUCUUCACACCGAUAAGUUCAGGUUUUUGGACAAGGCCUGCAUUAAAACUCAACAAGAUGAAAGCCCAUGGAGGCUGUGCACAGUGAGCCAAGUGGAGCAAGUGAAGAUCCUCAUCUCUGCUCUCCCCAUUUUCGCCUGCACCAUCGUCUUCAACACCAUUUUAGCUCAGCUGCAGACCUUCUCCGUCCAACAAGGAACCGCCAUGAACACCCAGCUCACCAAAUCCUUCCACAUCCCUCCUGCUUCCCUCCAAUCCAUCCCUUACAUCAUACUCAUCUUGGCCGUCCCUCUCUAUGACAAGUUAUUUGUCCCCUUCGCCCGCAAAAUCACGGGCAACGAGUCCGGGAUCUCCCCCUUGCAGCGAAUAGGUUUUGGUCUCUUCUUCGUGACCUUUUCCAUGGUCUCCGCUGCCCUCAUGGAGAGAAAGAGGAGAGACUCCGCAGUCGACACUGCAAACCCAAGAAUCAUUUCUAUCUUUUGGAUAUCGCCGCAGUUCCUAAUCUUCGGAUUGUCCGAGAUGUUCACCGCGGUUGGACUCAUUGAGUUCUUCUACAAGCAGUCCUUGAAGGGGAUGCAGUCCUUUCUGAUGGCCAUCACGUAUUGCUCCUACUCUUUCGGGUUCUUCCUCAGCUCGGUGCUCGUAUCGCUGGUCAAUAAGAUCACUUCCUCGAGCUCUAAUGGCGGCUGGCUCAGACACAACGAUCUCAAUCUCGACAGGCUUGAUCUUUUCUAUUGGCUGCUAGCAGUUCUCAGCUUUCUCAACUUCCUCAACUACCUCUUCUGGUCUACUUGGUAUUCUUACAAUCCAUCUGUGUCCGUUAAUCCACAUAAUGAUGUUGCUGAGAAGGAUGGUCAUGAUCAGGACUUCAACGUGCCAUCAGCAUAGCCUCUAUCUUUAGCUAGUAAUCCAUUAUUAUCUACAAAAUGUAAACAUUGUUAUCUUCAAGGGAGUCCAUCGUAGCCCUCCAACGCAUCUGAUGAUGGAUAAUUAAUCUAGGGCAAGAUUGCAUAUUUUUUAUGUCUCGAGACUUUUGCCGAGGUGCUGACUACCCUGACAAGUCUUCGUCUUAUGCUAAAAAGUUCAGAACAACAAAACAACGACGAGGCUUAUGAUAAUCAAUGAUCAUCCAGAUUUUAUCUACUAGAUAUAGAAGAAUAAAUAAUUUCUGUACGUAAAAUGAGAAAGAAUGCCACAUGGGUACCUUGUACGCAUAGUUCGGCUACGUAUGUAUGUAUUUUUCUUAUUAUUUGUUCCUAUAAAAUUAACCAGUGCAUGGCU